AUGAGUCAACCGCCAUCCAAGCGAUUUGCCUGCGACCGAUGCCGUGACCAGAAACUCCGAUGUCCUCGAGAAGAGAACAGUAGUGAUCCAUGUGCGCGGUGCCUGCGGGCGGGAGCUGUCUGUGUGACUGGCUGCACCAGGCUUAUAGGACGUCCUCCCCGUGCUGCUAGUACCUCCAACACCAAUGCCAACAGCGCAAGCCCCUCGGCCGUCAUCGCCAGCACGGUCUCUGCACGCCGGAGAAGAGAGAGAGAGUCUCGAUCCGCACAAACGAACUCGCGGUCGGCGCUUCUCAGCGACCGGCGCGGUGACCGGAAUACCCUCCCACCCGGAUCUACGACAAUCCAGAAACCCUUUCAACAUAGCGAUGGUUUGGAUGAUGUCUUCGGCCUGCCGCUCGUAGAAGACGAUCCCAGCCAGCCCAAUUGGCUGAAAACCACGUCUUCCAAUGGCUUGGUGCAGGGAAACCUUCCUCAGACAACCGCCCUGGAGGGGGUUCCCUCUUUAUUCACUUUAGGAGCACACGCACCAUCAGUAGCCGCACUGCAAUCGAGCAAUACUCAGGAUAGCUUGGAUAUGAUUCAUGAUCAGCAUACAACUGCCCAGUUCUUGUCCCAGGAUCUCGAGCAACAACCCGACUUCGCCGACAGCCAAUUACCUGAGCUCCCUGAUGGCUGCGACGCAGUGCUAUGGCUAGCGAACCUGAACGGAAGUAUCUCCAGCCAGUUAGCCCAGGUCCACACUCGUCCAUGUACCGGCCCCUCUGAUAGCCAGACAGCGAUUUUCGGUGACCUGUAUGGGCCCUCCCCCGAUGACCCCAAUCCGCUAGGCGAAUUGCUUCGUUGCACCUCCCAAUUUUCGAACAUCUUACGCGCAAUGAACUCCAUGCUUCCCCCUUUCUCGUCUCCCUCUUCCGCAUCCCUCCAGUCGCCAAGUUUGCAGCCGCUAGAGUUACUGGGUGAUGCCCUCACGAAUGGGAGACCGUCAUCAACGAUGGGCGGCCUUCAGCCGCAUUGGACCUCGUCCUCCUCGUCCUCCCGAACUUUACCAUCGAAUACCCCCACGAUCCUGAUGAUUAUUACCACUCAUUUGCAGCUUGUUCGGCUCUACGAUGCGGUAGUUGCACGUAUGUAUGCCUCUCUCCUGGAGAUGCGAGAAGGAGAGGUAGCUUCUUUCCAAGCUCUGCCGGGACUGCAGCUGGGAGGUUUCCCAUUAUCGCAUGGAAAUCUUCAUAUCAAGAUCAUCCUACAGGUUCUUGAACAUCAGUUAGAUCUGAUCGAGCGAGUGAUGGGCCUUCCAGCCGAGUACCGCCUUUCCACCCAACAGGAAUCGCCCGAGGGCAUUUUCCGAAACUCCGAGUUAUUAGUGCUGCUUCGAGCAGUUAUGGGCCAAAACGCAACCUCUUGCCAUGGCAUGGGUUUGUAUUAUAUCGUUUCUCUAAAGGAAAACCUGCAAAAGGUGAAACAGUUGCUUCAGGGCUGA